CUUCACCACCCAUCUGGUUCUUUCUUUGGGGUUAAGGGCGCCCUGUGGAAAGGAAGCCAGGAGACUGCCUGCAUUCCUUUCCCGGCCCUGCGGGUCCUGUCUGGGGGAGCCCAGCAGGACCCCCCUGACUGUGCCAGCACCUGUUGGACGGCCACUUGGCGGUCCUAGCCAGUGCGAGAGGACGCGACCCGGGGGUGCCCCUCCGGUAGGCGGCGACCCCCGUCCUUCCCCUCGGGCAGCCAGCCGGUGAGCGACUCAGCCUCCCCGCGCCGGCGGCGCACUCCGCCCGGGCUUGGCCCACGGCCCCCUCCUCCCGUCUCCGCCGGCAGGGGGAAGGUAGAGAAGGGGAGGGGACAAACUGGAGCCUCGGCCCGCCCGGCCUGCUCUCCCUACCCCGUGCCGAGACGCCGCUCCGCGCCCCGAGGUUUGCAGGGAGCCCGCAGCGCGGGGGCAGCGCCCCAGGAACGACCGGAGCCCCGCGGUGACCCCGAGCUGCCGACUUUCCGCGGGCUUGGAGGAGCGGGGGACGCACCCCAAACAAGGUGAACUUUGAUCGCGGAAAACUCCAGCCAGGUGCCGGGAUCCGUGCGGCGGCGGUCGGGACCGGGCGCAGGCUGCGCGCCGGGCGGAGGAGCGCGCGCCCCGCGGCCUCCCUCCGCCCGCUCCCCGGGCGGCCUCGGCCCCGAGCCCCUCUGCGGCUGCUCGGCCCCGGGACCCGCCGCGGCGCCCUCGCCUAGUUUCUUCCCCCUCCCCCUUCGGGGGUGGGGGUGGGGCGGGGGAGCGGGGCGCCCGGAGAGCCGCAUCUAUCGGCAGCUUUGUGAUUGAUCCGAAAAGUGCUCGCCGCCAACUCGGCUUCGAGGCCGGCUCCGCGCGACCCUUGAGUGUUGGCCACGGUCCUGUCCCCCACACUGACAGGUGCUCCCAGCCACUCGCUGGGGACUUCUCGGCGCUCCCCCGGCUCCCCCGCGUCCCCACCCCCCUCUUUCCUCCCUCGCCUUCACCCCCACCCCCACCACUUCGGCACAGCUCAGGAUUUGUUUAAACCUUGGGAAACUGGUUCAGGUCCAGGUUUUGCUUUGAUCCUUUUCAAAAAAAAAAAAAAAAAAAAAAAAAAAGAACUGGAGACACAGAAGAGGGCUCUAGGAAAAAGUUUUGGAUGGGAUUAUGUGGAAACUACCCUGCGAUUCUCUGCUGCCAGAGCAGGCUCGGAGCGUCCACCCCAGCGCAGCCUUCCCCUGGCGGCGGUGAGAGAGGCUCCGGAGUCGCUGCUUCCCAAGUGCCCGCCGGGAGUGAGCUCUCGCCCCAGUCAGCCAAAUGCUCCUCUUCAGGCUUCUCCUGCUGACAUCCGCCCUGGCCGGCCAGCCCGGGACGCAGGCUGAGUCCAACCCGAGUAGUAAAUUCCAGUUGUCCAGCACCAAGGAGCAGAACGGCGUACAAGCUCCCCAGCAUGAGAGAAUUAUUACUGUGUCCACUAAUGGAAGUAUUCACAGCCCAAAGUUUCCUCAUACUUAUCCAAGAAAUAUGGUCUUGGUAUGGAGAUUAGUAGCAACGGAGGAAAAUGUAUGGAUACAACUUACAUUUGAUGAAAGAUUUGGGCUUGAAGAACCAGAAGAUGACAUAUGCAAGUAUGAUUUUGUAGAAGUUGAGGACCCCAGUGACGGGACUAUAUUAGGGCGCUGGUGUGGUUCUGGGACUGUGCCAGGAAAACAGAUUUCUAAAGGAAAUCAAAUCAGGAUAAGAUUUGUAUCUGAUGAAUAUUUUCCUUCUGAACCGGGGUUCUGCAUCCACUACAACAUUGUCAUGCCACAAGUCACAGAAGCUGUGAGCCCUUCAGUGCUGCCCCCUUCAGCUUUGCCGCUGGACCAGCUCAAUAACGCGGUCACUGCCUUCAGCACCUUGGAAGACCUUAUUCGCUAUCUUGAACCAGACAGAUGGCAGUUGGACUUAGAAGAUCUAUAUAGGCCAGGUUGGCAACUUCUUGGCAAGGCUUUUGUUUUUGGAAGAAAAUCCAGAGUGGUGGAUCUGAACCUUCUAAAAGAGGAGGUAAGGUUGUACAGCUGCACACCUCGUAACUUCUCAGUGUCCAUAAGGGAAGAGCUAAAGAGAACCGAUACUAUUUUCUGGCCAGGUUGUCUCCUGGUUAAGCGCUGUGGUGGAAACUGUGCCUGUUGUCUCCACAACUGCAAUGAGUGUCAAUGUGUCCCAAGCAAAGUGACUAAAAAAUACCAUGAGGUCCUUCAGUUGAGACCAAAGAUUGGUGUCAGGGGAUUGCAUAAAUCUCUCACUGACGUGGCCCUGGAGCACCAUGAGGAGUGUGACUGUGUGUGCAGAGGGAACGCCGGAGGAUAACGCAUCGCCACAUGCCGCCUUCGCCCGGCAGCGCAGCGCAGCGGCUGGCUCUCUUAUAGAACUGAUGCGUUACCGCCAUCCAUAAUCUCAGUUGUUUGCUUCAGGGACCUUUCAGCCUUCAGGAUUUACAGUGUGUUCUGAAAGAGGAGACACCAACCGGAAUUAGGAGUUGUGCAACAGCUCUCUUGAGAGGAGGCCCCAAUGACAGGGAAAAGGUCUCCGGGCAUGGAAAAAAUGUUAAAUGUUGUAGAUCACUAGCUAGUUACAGAGUUACCAUGCACUUACUCAGCUGGCUGUGUUCUAUGUUUCAGUUGUCUUGAUAUGACUUAGUUAAUGUCAGUACAGGAAGGAAAUGAGUGCGGAUGGGCACCUGAUUCUAUUGCCUUGCUUAUUAACUCUCAAGCUCCAUAUUCUGGGCCUAAAAAUCACAGAAAUCUGGAAUUUUUCCCUUAUAGUCACAUGUAUAAACCAGAGUGUUCUAUGGCCUACAAACUUGGUUUUGGGGAAAAAAGGAACUAUGUUGCUAUAAAUCAAACUUUUGUCCUGUUGAUAAGAAAGACUGGAUUUUCCAUAUUUCUUAUAAAAUAUUUCUGUCAUUUAGAAGACACGAACUACAUUUCAUGGUGUGGAAGAGACAAACCUGAAAACAAGAGUGGCCUUGCCUUCACUUUAUCUAUAAGUUGGUUUAUUUGUUUUAUUGUGUACAUUUUUAUAUUCUCCUUUUGACAUUAUAACGGUUUGCUUUUCUAAUCUUGUUAAAUAUAUCUAUUUUUACCAAAGGUAUUUAAUAUUCCUUUUUUAUGACAACCUAGAUCAACUAUUUUUAGCUUGGUAAAUUUUUCUAAACAGAAUUGUUAUAGCCAGAGGAACAAAGAUUAUAUGAAAUAUUGUUGCUCUGACAAAAAUACAUGUAUUUCACUCUUAGACGGUGCUAGAGCUUAGAUUAAUUUGCAUUUUAAAAUAUUGAAAUGGGAAAUAAAUAGAAUUUGGUACAUUGUGAACACUUUUGAAGAUAAGUAAGUGAUCAUAUCCUCCACUCCUGUUAUUGGAGAUGCAAAUAAAAAGUGACAUAGGGACAUAGGGAAAUAGAAAUCGGAUCCAUCAUUACUCACCCCGAACCCUUAUUGUGGGAAGUGCGAGCCUAGCUCAGAAGAACACAAAGCACCUUGAAAAAAGAGACUCAAUGGCUUCCUGAAAAGCUCUGCUGUCCUGUAGGAACACAUCCUAUUUAUUGCGAUGUUCUGGUUUUAUUCUCUUGAAACUCUGUUCCACACGCUUGUAUAAAUACAUGGAUAUUUUAAUGUACAGAAGUAUAUCCCUUAACCAAUUCACAUAUUGUACUCUUUGGCAAUUGAAAAGGAAAUCAGUAAAAUACUUGGCUUGUAAAUGCUUAAUAUUGUGCCUAGGUUAUGUGGUGGCUAUUUGAAUUAAAAAUGUAUUGAAUCACCAAAUAAAAGAAUGUGGCUAUUUU